AUGGGCCCGGCGCCGCCCAACAGCCAGAUGGCUCCUCUGCCUACAAACCUGCCCUUCCGGCUCGUGAGUAAGACGAUCGGGCAAGGCGCAUAUGCCUCCAUCCGCAAGGCCGUCCCGCACAACUCGCCCAAACCCGUCAUCGCGAUCAAGUUCAUCAACAAAGAACAUGCCCUCAAGACCGGCCGCCUCACUCCGAAACAAAUCAAGAUGGAGGUCGUCCUACACACACAUCUCGGGAAGCACCAGAACAUCAUACACUGCUUGGGGUCUGGGGAGGAUGCGCUAUGGACGUGGAUCGCCAUGGAGCUGGCCGAGGGCGGAGACUUAUUCGACAAGAUCGAGGCGGACGAAGGUGUGGGCGAAGACAUUGCGCAUCUCUACUUCACGCAACUGGUCAACGCCGUGGCAUAUAUGCACAGCAUGGGUGUUGCGCAUCGAGACAUCAAACCUGAGAAUGUGUUGCUGAGCGCCGAGGGGGAUCUCAAACUCUCCGAUUUCGGUUUGGCAGCAUUGUUCAAAAAGGACGGGCAAUUGCGACUCUGCAACACCGUAUGUGGCUCGCCGCCGUACAUCGCCCCAGAAAUCGUAUCAGGGAGGCGGAGCAAGAGGGCCGAUAUGCUCGACACUGGCUACGCGGCGAACAUCUGCGAUGUCUGGAGUUGCGGCAUUGUGCUCUUCGUCCUCCUAGUUGGCAACACCCCUUGGGACGAGCCAACCAAGCGCUCUGCAGAGUUCAAGGAGUACGUCGAAACUGGGGGACACACUACUGAUGAACUCUGGAGUAAGAUCCCAGCGGAGCUACUCAGUCUGCUCCGCGGCAUGCUGAAAGUCGACCCGAAAGAGCGCUUUACUCUCGAUGAGAUACGCACACACCCCUGGUGUACACGCAAGAACCCGUACCUGACUGCAAGCGGACGCAAUGCAAAUCCAGUAGGAUUGGCGACACAGAUGUUGUCGCAACUACGCAUCGACUUCACGAGGCCGCCAACGCAGUCACAAAGAGAAUUCUCGCAAGAUGCAGACGAAGAUGGCGAUGCGAUGGACAUAGACACUGACACAGACCCUCGCCGCUCAAGCGCUGUAAACUUCCUCUCCUCCACACAGCCCGAGACUCCAUCAGCAGAAACACCCUUCGACUGGGAGCGACCCCCACGCCUCGCCUCUCACGACGGCAUCUCCGCCUCGCAGCCUGUUACGAUCCCCGACAAUCGUCCUAUCAACAUGAGCUCUACGCCCUGCUUAUCACAGCUUCCCUCAUCGACACAGGAUAUGCUGUCGCAGGACCCAUCCAUGACACAGUUCAGUUCAACCCCAGGUGUACCUCUGACCUUUACGCAAGCAGCUCGAAAGUUCGCCGAUAUUCUUCCAUCCUAUUCCCUGGCGCGUUUCAUCUCUCCGCACAACCUGGGUCUCCUCUUGCCGCUCCUUCUUACAGCUCUGCACCGGCUAGGCGUCCCUUCACCGUCUUUCACCGAGACGCAGAUCGAGGAAGCGGAAAAAGCGGGGACAGCCUCUAUACGGGUGAAGAUGGCAGAUGGAAGACGACAAGGCUUGAAUGGCCAUAUCGUCAUCGAAAAGGCCGUCUACGAUGGAAGUGCCUACUGGGAGGUGAGGUUUGUCAAAGCUAGUGGAGAUCCUUUAGAGUGGAGAAGAUUCUUCAAGAACAUGGUGCUUUGUGUUGGAGACGUUGUGCUGCGGCCCAACUAG